CGCGUCACGUGCUUCCCGAAAACAUCUGGAAACGGAGGUUUCCUUCCUGUGCUCGAGAGACGUUGUAGAGGAGAGCGGCUCGUGUGGACACACAGUACCGCCCCCGCCCCUGUGACAAGUACUGACACUCAGCACCGUACACACAGGUAAAAAAUGACUGAUUUGGAAUCUGAUCCUUGGAUAUUCUCGUGCAAAUCAUUACCUUCCGACACCCGACUCAUUGCAACAAUGGCUAAUGGGUAUCUGGGCACAAGAGCUUAUGGAGAGAUCUUGCAUGUAAAUGGCAUCUACAAUGGUUCAGUGGGGGAUUGUCACAGAGCAAAUGUUCCAAGCCCUCUCAAUGUCUCUCUUUGUGUAAACAGGGAAGAAGUUGUAGAUGAAAGAUUCUGUCUAGAUAUAAAAACAGGAACUUUUAGCCAUACCCUCCAGUGCUCUACAUUUACGGCUACCCAGCACCUCUUUGCCCACCGUUCUCUCAGUCAUCUUUUGGUUAACAUAAUUACCUUAAGAGGUUCCAGCCCUGUUAGUGUCAAUCUAGAAGUUGAUUUCAAGGCAGAAAGUCAAGACCUAGAUCUCCAGAGAGGCCCUGACUACUGUAAUGCUAAGUACAUUUAUGGAAGCACACAAACCCCUGAGGUUCCUUCCUGUCCUCUGAAGACUGUUCAUAUGAUCUAUACUCCAGUACCCCAGUGUCUGGCCCUUUCCUCAGAGCUGGAAAAAACAUGGGUGUUCCUUGCAGCAGUUUCAGAAACUGAGAAAGAUGUAAAGGAAAGAUUUGACGAAGGCCUUUCGCUAGCUGAUGAGGGACAGCUACUCUCUUCACAUGCAGAAGCAUGGACUCAGAUAUGGAAAAGUAGCCGGAUAGAAGUGGAAGGUUCCCUGGUUCUUCAGAAGGCUGUCAUUGGAUGUCUGUAUUAUUUACUAAGCUCCCUACCACCCCUGGGAUGUAAUGAAGACUUCAGUGGCAUAAGUCCUGGGGGUUUAUCGAAUGGUCAGCGCAAUGAAGAUUAUUGGGGACAUGUAUUUUGGGACCAGGACUCUUGGAUAUAUCCGAAUAUUCUGCUGUUUUACCCAGAGAUGGCUCGUCAUAUUCUUAAAUACCGGAUUCGAACACUUGAGGGAGCAUUGCAGAAUGCUAAGCAGCAAGGAUAUAAAGGUGCAAAGUUUCCUUGGGAAAGUGCAUUAACAGGACAUGAAGUUUGUCCAGAGAAAAUAUAUGGAGAUCAAGAAAUUCACAUUAAUGGGGAUGUUUUGAUGGCAUUUAAACAGUACUAUCACAUGUCAAAGGAUGUAGAUUUUUUUUCUUUAAGCGGUGGCUGGGAAGUGGUGAGCUCAAUUGCUGAUUACUGGUGUAGCAGAGUUGUGUGGUGUGGAGAAGAACAGAGUUAUCAUAUUAAAGGUGUGAUGCCUCCAGAUGAAUAUCACAGUGAUGUUAAUAACUCCGUGUAUACAAAUGCUCUGGCACAGAUCAGCCUAAACUUUUCUAUGGAACUGGCUAAAGAUCUACAGCAACCCAUCCCAGACUUAUGGAAUGAUGUAGCAAGAAAAAUGAAAAUCCCAUUUGAUUCCAAGAUUAAUUACCAUCCAGAAUAUGAUGGCUACAAACUAGGUGAUGAGGUUAAACAGGCAGAUGUGGUGUUGCUUGGUUACCCUCUGAUGUUUCCAAUGUCUCAAGAAUAUCGCAAAAAUGAUCUUCAAAUCUAUGAGAGAGUUACAGAUUCUGCCGGACCUGCCAUGACGUGGAGCAUGUUUUCAAUUGGCUAUAUGGAAUUAAAAGAAGCCAAAAUGGCACACCAGCAGUUUAAGAAAUGCUUUGCAAACAUAACAGACCCAUUUAAGAUAUGGACUGAAAAUGCUGAUGGUACUGGAGCUGUCAAUUUCCUUACUGGCAUGGGAGGAUUUUUACAGGCUGUGCUGUUUGGUUAUACUGGAUUCAGAAUCGCAGAGAAGUGUCUGGAGUUUGAUCCCAUUUUCACUGAUGAUGUCACAGCAUUAUACAUUACUGGAGUGUGUUAUCUUGGUAAUAAAGUUAAUUUCACUUUUUCAAAGACACUCACAACAGUGGAGUUGACUUCAGUUCUUGAUUUUCCGAAGUAUGCACUGGUUAUUGCAUUUGAUGAUUUAACACCAUUUAUACCGCUGUAUAUUGGUGAACCAGUGUCCUUUUCAACCAAAGCAGGCCGGGUUCAGCCGAAGACUUCCGGAGUUAAAUAAUUGACACAAUAU